AUGAAAGGGUUUAAUCAAAAGGUGGAGGCUCUUCAGGAGAAGUGGGUUGCAGCAAUCAUGAUGCACAAUGAGGAGUACACUGAUGCCAGGAAAAAGUUACUCAAUGCAAAGUUACUUUACCCAGAACUUGAUGGUAUUAAUCUAAUGCUGACAGUUUGUGACAUAUUAUUGCUUGCUUCCACUGUGAGGAUGUCAAAUAAUGAGAUUGAUUGUCAUUGCAUUCUUGAUCUAAUAUAUCCGUCAGCCACUUAUUCUGAUGCUAUAAAUUCUCUUCAUGAGUUUGUCACAUCAACAAAUGGUGUAGAAGAUGAGUUUCCUGGAGCUGAGUUGGCUCAACAAAUUGUUGAGAAUGCACUGAACAUGCUUUCAGACAGAGAAAAACAUUUUCAUGAUGGUUUAGGACAAGACAAUCAUCUCAUUUCAUCCACUGAGAUUAUUUCUUCUUCUACUUUGGAGAGGUGCAUUGAUAGCUCAAACCCUGAUGUUCAACUUGAACAAGGAAUUUUGGAGGAAUCAAUUAAAGUAGUAGAUAUUAGUGAGCAUACUUUUUGUGUUGGAAAGUUUCUAUCAGCAGAUGAUUUUGCCAAUGGUCAGGUUUGGGCAAUUUAUUAUUGUGGGGAGGAUAUCAUGCCUCGUCAAUAUGCUCUAGUAAAUAGUGUGGUUUCUGAAAGGGAAGUUUUGGUAACAAUUUUAGAACCUGAACAACUUGUUCACGAAGAUGAGACAAAAUGUAGAGAAAAUUUACCUAUUGUUUGUGGAAUCUUUAAACCUGGCACUAACAGGAUUGAACUUGACAUGUCACAAUUCUCCCAUUUAGUCAAUUAUGUUGAAGGUACAACUAGGUCACAUUUUAUGAUUUAUCCCCAGGAAGGUGAGGUUUGGGCAAUGUACAAGAAUUGGAGUAGAAAAUUGGAGCAUGAUGACUACGGAAAAUGUCAAUAUUGGAUGGUGGAAGUUGUUUCAAAAUUCUCUGCAAAAAAUGGGAUUGAAGUAGUCAACCUUGAAGAGGUAGACAAUUGGUUAACAUUUUUCCGGAGGCAAAAAUACGAAGGAGUUGAUCUACUUCGUACAAUUUGUGAAACAGAGAUGUUUUGUUUUUCACAUCAAGUUUUAGCUUACAGGGUGCCUGGAACUGAAAAGUAUGGCAUCCCUGAGGAUAGUUGGCAUCUUGAACCCAAUGCUCUAUACCAAUUUCUUAAGCUUAACGAGUAA